AUCGCCCCGGAGGCCUGCGAGGAGGAGGCUUUCUUGUCGCGCGGGGCCCGUGGGCGGACGCAGAGUUUCUUGCGGAGCCUUAGUCUUCUGCCCCUGUGAACCAAGAGCAAGGAGGAGGUGGUAUUUUUGAGUCCGUGAUCUAGGAUUUUUAUUAUUAUUGGUUUAAGGAUUUUCUGAUUGUCCCUGUGGAUUUCUGGAGCGCCCAUAAGGGACAGGGGAGUGGAGAAUGUCUUCGAUUCUUUCUUCACUCCCCGGGUUUAGUGUCAGAAAGCCUCGGUGGCCGGACGUACAGCUGGAUCACCCUCCGCUGCCUCUGCACUUAAUGUAAUAUGACACUGUAGUUUGUAAAGUAUCUGUGUUUCUUAAGCCUCUGGCUCUUGGUGACUUUAGAUAGUACCUCCAAAUUCCUCUUUGGGGUUCUUACAGUAAUUUGUUCGGGACAUUAAAGCUUGAACCACAGUGUAUUCCAGUUUUAUCUGUCGUCUUAGUGGUUUAUGAGCCUGGCCUACAUUUUUUUCAUUUUGGAUUUCUUCCCCACCAAGAGACAGACUGUUACAUACCUGUCAUGUGAAGGCAACAUGGCUGUGCCCCAGGCUUUCCCACUGGGACCCUUCCAUGAGCCUGCAGGUGCCCUGGUGGAGCCCCAAUCCUCCCCUCGAAGCUUGGCUGAGGGCUUCCUGGAGGAGGAGCUUCGGCUCAAUGCUGAGCUGAGCCAACUGCAGUUUUCUGAGCCUGUGGGCAUUAUCUACAAUCCGGUGGAGUAUGCCUGGGAGCCACAUCGCAGCUACGUGACCCGCUACUGCCAGAGCCCCAAGGAAGUGCUCUUCUUGGGCAUGAACCCAGGACCCUAUGGCAUGGCCCAGACCGGGGUACCCUUUGGGGAAGUGAGUGUAGUCCGAGACUGGUUGGGAAUUGGGGGCUCUGUGCUGACCCCUCCCCAAGAGCACCCUAAGCGCCCAGUGCUGGGACUGGAGUGCCCACAGUCAGAGGUGAGUGGUGCCCGGUUCUGGGGCUUUUUCCGGAACCUCUGUGGACAGCCUGAGGUCUUCUUCCGUCACUGUUUUGUCCACAAUCUGUGUCCUCUGCUGUUCCUGGCUCCCAGUGGGCGCAACCUCACCCCUGCUGAGUUGCCUGCCAAGCAGCGAGAACAGGUUCUUGGGCUCUGUGAUGCAGCUCUCUGCCGGCAGGUGCAGCUCUUGGGGGUUCGCCUGGUAGUGGGAGUGGGGCGGCUGGCAGAGCAGAGGGCACGGCGGGCUCUGACUGGCCUGAUGCCUGAGGUCCAGGUGGAGGGGCUCCUGCACCCCUCACCUCGGAGCCCACAGGCUAACAAGGGUUGGGAGCCAGUGGCCAAGGAGAGACUAAAUGAGCUGGGGCUACUGCCACUGCUGACAAAAUGAGUGCCCCUGGGGCCUGGCAGAGGGACACAUUCAAGGCCCCCAAGUCCUUGGGCAAGCAGAUGACUGCACACCUGAUGGAGUGGAGCAAGAAGGUCCUCCUCGGCUGCCUGGUUGCUGGGACCUGCCGUGGCAGUUUUGACACUACUCCGACAUGCCCUACUGAUUCCUGCUUUCUUCCCCUUCCUUUGAGCAUUGCCUCUUUGGUCCUGUGAUACCUAACUCCACAGAGAGGCAGCACCUGCAAACUGCUUACUUCACUGUUUUGGGAGCCUCUGUUCAGCUGAGCAUGACCUCCAAGGUCAUAUUUACUGUUUUAGAGAAAAGAUCGUGCCAGGAUUCUCACCCAUUCUCAUAUGAAAGUGUCCUUCAGCUGACCCUUUUCUCACAGGGACCCGGACAAAGCAUGGGACAUGGGUAUUAAGAAUGAACUUAUGGAAGACUGAGGCUGAAUCAGAGAGAGAAAGAAUUGAGUGUGGCAGAGUGGGAAAGGCCCGAAGACCUUUUGAGAUUUGUGAACUUUGUGACUUUGGACAUGUUGAUUAACCUCUCCAAGUCUCAGGAUCCUCAUCUGUAGAGUGGGGAUCCCUGCCUCAUGGGGUUGGUGUGGGGAUUAACUGAUAUAACACUUAAAAGUGCCUUGUGUGGUGCCUGGCACAUGGAUGCUCAUUACACCUCUUUUUUCUUGUCUCUGGGUUGGGGAGCCACUGCACUAUGAGGGAAGUGCUCCCCCUUGAAGGCCUUGCUGAGCAGGCGGGGGUGGGGGAGAUGUCUCUGCCUCCACCUGUGGCCUGGGUGAGGGCAGAUUUACUCUGCCAGAGGUGGACCAAUGGCUUUAUGAAAAAUCCAGCCUGUGAUUUUUCAGUCUAAGCAUUAAAAGCUCCUAAAUCCUU